CACUGAGCCCCGAGAGUGCCGCAAACCAUGUACGAUGUCUACGAUGCCCUGGUCCCCGAGCAUCUCCAGGUGCCCGAGAAGCCCAAGACGCACCGCCGUCGCGUCUCGCUGCUCAAGCAGCCCAACGAGGGCAAUCCUGCUGACAACGAUCCCGUAGAAGCCAUCCCUGACAUAGUCGAAGAGCCCGAGCAGGACAAUGGCCCCCCGAAGGCCACCGUGGCCCGCCGCGCCAAGAGCUACAGCGAUUUCUACGACGUCGUGCGCGCCCACAUCAAGAAGGAGCGCGGCCUGGAGAAGCAGAAGCGCCGGUCGAGGGAGCAGCUCAAGACGGAGUUGGAUUUUGCCCAGUGGUACAAUGGCCUCAGCGACGACCUGCUGGACGCCAGCCACGCCGAGUACCAGCUCUACCGCGACCAGCUACACCUUACCCACCGCCAUCUCGACUCGCUUCUCGAAAGCACCACGUCCGCCUUGGAUCUGCUCUCCUCGCUGUCCGAUUCCUUCAAGGCCGUAGCCGCUCAGACGACGACGUUCCAGACGCAAUGCGAGGGCCUGAUAACCGACCAGAAGCGCAUCACGAAGCUGGCGGAUGACAUGACGGAGAACCUGCAGUACUACAACUACCUCGAGCCCAUCACGCGCCGACUCAACGCUCCUGGUGCUGGGAACUUUGUCCGCGGGAGGCAGUUUUCGGAGAUGCUUGAGAAUCUCGACAUGUGCCUGGAGUACAUGCAAGCGCAUCCCAACCAUCGCGAAGCGGCGACCUAUCGGUCUCGGUACCGCUUGCUGCUUACUAGAGCUCUUACUCUGAUUCGGGUCCACUUUACCAAUGCUCUGCGCGAGAUCGCGGCCGACGUGUCCAAGCGCAUAGCCGACAGGCAAUUGAACGACACGACCAUGUCUGCGUUGCUAUACGCCAAAUUCCGGGUGGGCGCCGCGGAGUUGAAGACACUGGGUCUGGAGAUACAAAAGAGAGCCGUCCUACCAGAGAAUGCUGAGCCUGACGCCGAAGCGGAGUAUCAGAGCCUUAUGAACGAGCUGUACCAGAGUUACUCUGCAACUCGCGGAAGGCUAAUUCUUCCAUUGAUUGCAAAGAAGCUGCAAGAGAUUUCUUUGGCGCCCAGCUCAUCAAAGGACCUGGUAUCGUUUGCCCGGAGCAGCAUCGGCUAUAUCCGCGGUAUAUGUCUCGACGAGUAUGAUUUGUGGGGAGAGUGGUUCGAGGGCGAAGGCGGCCUCUAUGACUUCCUCGAGGGCAUGAUGGAGCCGUUUUAUGACUACUUGCGUCCGCGGACCAUCCACGAGACGCAGCUGGUAAAGCUCUGCGAGCUGUGCACUCUGAUCCAGACUCGAUACAUGGAGGAAGAGGAAGAGGAGGCAGAAUUAGACGACACCGUGCGCUUGAAUUUCUCUCAUCUCAUCCAUCCCGCGCUGGAAGACGCCCAAGCCAGACUGAUCUUCCUCGCGCUGGCAAUCUUGCGGGACGAGAUUGAGUAUUUCAAGCCGAAGCCGGAAGAUUUGGACUACCCGGCGCGCAACCAACGCACUUCAACAUCCAGCGCCAAACCUUCUGGACCAGUGCUAUCGGGAAAGAAAGGACAGAAUAGCUCUCUGUUACUCGGCGAGCCAAUGGGUGCGGAGGGCGAAGACGCUGAUUCCCGUUGGGCAUUCGGUGCCGAUUCCGCCUUCAGGAACUGGUACCCAACCCUCCGCAAAGCAAUCUGGCUCCUCAGCAAGAUCUACCGCCUCGUCAACUCCACUGUCUUCGACGACCUCGCCCACCAAAUCGUGCACCAAACGACCCUCUCCCUCUACCACGCCUCGACGCUCAUCGCGCCGCGCGCCUCACCAACUGACGCGCAGCUCUUCCUGCUCAAGCACCUCCUGCUGCUAAAGCAGCAAAUCGUCGCCUUCGACAUCGAAUACAUCUCGCACGACGUGUCUCUCGACUUCUCAUCCAUGACGCACACGUUCUGGGAGCUGCGCGAGCGCGGCGGCCUCUUCAACCCGUUCAACCUCGCGCGCCUCGUCGGCGGCGGCCUCAUCCCCCGCGUCGUCGAGAACAUGCUCGACGCCAAGAGCGAGCUGGACGGCCGCCUGCGCACCGUCAUCAACGACUUUACAAACGGGGUCGCCGGCCGCGUCGCUGCGCCCGUGGUGGCCAUGCGCGCCAAGGCCGGCAAGAAGGGCUUUGAUGCGCUGGCCGGGCUGGCGGACACAAAGGCCGCGGCGCAGCGCGAGGUCCCGUUCUUAAGGGCCAAGCUGGACGCGUAUAUUGAGGAUGCGCGCACGCGCGAAACCCUCGUCGCCGCGGUCAUGGAGCACGUCGUCGCGGCGUACGAGGCGUUUUACGAUGACGUGGUGCAGCAAUCCGGCGUCGGCGCUGUGCCGGCUGCGGCGAGGGGGAAGGGCAAGGGCCGCGUCGACGAGGUGUGGGAGCCGGAUGUGUUUGCUGAGUGGUGCGCCGAUGUGUUUAGGGUUGGGCGGGAUCCCACUGCUCGCCUCGCCAUCAGCCAGCCAGACAGCCAGACAGACCAACCGACCAACCAACCUACCGCCAGCUCCUAA